AUCACGCCUCUUUCAUGCUAUUUUUGUCAUCGCUCUCUAUAUUUCUACAUUUCCUUUAUUUCAUUUAUGAAUCCACAGUGAAUGUGGGACCUAACAUUGUACACAGACCUAAGUCAACUUGUUUGUGGCAGACUUCGUAUACAAAGACAUGCAUAUCUUGGAACAGUAAAUUACACAAAUGCACUCAAAUGAAGAGUUCAUUUCUUUGCCUCUCUGAUAUGAUUCCUAUAGAAAAAACAUAACUGACUACUAACAUACACAGUAUGUUUUUACAAGGUUUCAGCACUGACGUGCAUUCUUCAAUUUAAAUGGCCAUAAUAACCUGAGCUCUUUUAUUGGGAAUGGGAAUGAGUGUUUCAGAGCGAGGUACAGAGCGUCUCCCUGUCAUCAUGGUUACUCACUGUAGCCAUGGUUACUCAUUGUCAACUGCGUGUGCAGUUUGAGAGGAGAAAGCAUAAGAGGCUGUGCUGCUGUUUAGACCUGGCAUUACUUUGAGCAGCAUGAAUGAUUUUAAGAAUCAAUAGAUUUAUUUGUAUUUUUCUCAGGUUUCUCUUGAUGGUCUAAAUAACUUUGUUAUGAUGAAUUAUUAUUAUUUAUUUUUUUUCAGAUUAGGCCUAAGUGAGAAAAUGAAGGUCAGACAGAUUGUGAGGAAUAUGUGUGAAUCGUUGACUCAGUGUGUGAGAAACAGAUGGCAACCAUGACUUGUAGCAAUGAACGCGUCAGAAGCACUUCACCAAUUCACCGACCUGAGUUUGUAUCUGAUGCAGUGGCCAUUUCAUGCCUUGCUUUAACUGGUUAGCAACCACCAGUUUGUCAGAUCCAGACCAAUCAGCAGUGACAGCUAACAGGUGCUGACGUUGGACCUAAAGGAGGAAUGCUCUGCUGUGAUUGGUCGGACAGAGAUGGGAGUGGGACUUCGCCCCAGAUAAACUGCGGCAAACAGAUGCCUAAAUACAGGCUUCCUCUAAAAAAAAUUUCAUUCAGUCGGGAGAUCGGAGGGUACUGAAAAAACAUCUGGAAGUAGAGCCCCGAACACCCAUGGCUAGCGACAAACCUGUGUUCAAGAAACCAGUUUGAGAUGAUCUGAGCUUUAUAACAUGGGGCGUUAUCCUGUUGGAAGCAGCCAUCAGAAGAUGGAUACGGUGUGGUCAUAAAGGGACGGACAUGGUCAGCACCAAUUCUCAGACUCCUCUAAGCGCGACUCCGGCUGACUUCCUUUGACAGAGGCCCCGAGGACGCGCCCACUGCUCUGUAUGGUUACGUACCUGCGCACGGAGAGCUCACACGACGAGAAGCAAAAUAUUCAGUCGCAAAACAUGGCGAGGUUAAGUGAGCAUGGGAUUCGCCUGAGUUCUAUGAGUCCUUCCUUCCUGAACAGCAACUCCACAAGUCAUACCUGGCCUUUCAGCGCUGUGGCAGAAUUAAUAGACAAUGCCUCAGACCCCGGUGUGUCCGCUAAACAGUUCUGGAUAGAUGUUGUUCAUGAAACGGAUCACCUCUGUCUGUCUUUCAUCGAUAAUGGCAGCGGCAUGACCCCCAACAAACUGCACAAGAUGCUCAGCUUUGGUUUUACAGAGAAGGGCUCAGGUAGGGCCAGUCAGCAGGCCAUCGGGGUUUACGGGAACGGCUUUAAGUCGGGCUCCAUGCGCUUGGGGCGUGACGCGCUCAUCUUCACCAAGAACGGCGGCUGUCAGACUGUGGGAAUGCUGUCGCAGACCUACCUGGAAAGCAUUAAAGCCCAGGCUGUCAUCGUCCCCAUUGUCCCUUUCAACCAGCAAACCAAGUUAUUAGUUGUGACCGAGGAUUCACAGGCCAGUCUGACAGCCGUCCUCGACCACUCGAUCGUCAAAUCCCUGGAGCAGAUACAUUCACAUUUUGACUCAAUUCCCUCCAAAAAAGGCACCAAGAUAUUAAUCUGGAACAUCCGCAGAGCCAAAGAUGGUAAGAUGGAGCUCGACUUUGAGACUGAUCCGAAUGACAUUCGUUUGCCUGAGAUUCAGAUCGAAGAGUUGAAGAAGGGGCUGAAGAACAGCGGAUCCUUGAGAACUGAGCAGAACAUCCCAGACAUGCAUUACAGUCUCAGGGCCUACCUCAGUAUCCUGUACCUGAAGCCGAGGACGCAGAUCAUACUGAGGGGGAAGAAGAUUCAGGCCAAACUGGUAGCAAAGAGGCUGAUACACAUUGAGCAUGACGUCUACAAACCCCACUUCAGUAAAGACAAAGUGAAGGUGACCUUUGGGCUUAACCCAAAAAACAAGGAUCACUAUGGGAUUAUGAUGUACCACAAGAAUCGUCUCAUUAAGGCGUAUGAGAAAGUGGGCUGCCAGCUAAAGACUUCAGGCCUAAGAGCGGGCAUCGGCGUCAUCGGCGUCAUUGAGUGCAAUUUUCUGAAACCUGCUCAUAACAAGCAAGACUUUGAGUACACCAAAGAGUACAGACUGACCCUCGGAGCUUUGGGCCUAAAACUCAACGACUACUGGAAGGAGGUGACAGAGAAGAAGGCCAGGGAGCGAGAGUUUCAGGCUCUAGACAAAAAUGAGAAGGAGGUCCAGGAGGAUGUCGAUGAGGGUCCCAUGUGGUUACAGUGUGAAGAGUGUCUCAAGUGGCGAAGCAUCCCUGACGGCUUUUACAAAAUUGCUCCUGAGAGCUGGACGUGCAGCCAGAACCCAAAUUCACGUUACAGAAGCUGCUCGUCACCAGAGGAAACAGAAGAACAUGAGGAGCUGUUAACACCGAGCUAUCAGAAAAGCCACAAGAAACUAGAGUACUCCAGAGGCACAAAGCGAAAAUCAUUAGAGGUGUCUCAGUUACAGGAACAAGUGUCUAAACAUCAAAUCGUCUUACGGAGUUCAUCUAAGCCCACCAGAGUGGAAAACGCCGAGACAAACGCAGAUGAACUCACAGAUCUAAAUGACACUUUUGCGAAUGACGACGCGGAGUCACAGUCGGACACGGACACGCAGGAGGAGGCCGCUGCAAGAGACACAGUCACUAAAAAGAAGAAUGAAAUUGCAAAAGGAGCGUCGCCCAAGGAAAAUGAGACAAGUGACCAGAGGCUUCAGGAUGAAGAGAGCAACAAAACGGAAAACGCAGACAUGGAGACAGAAGAGGAGGAGCACUUAGAAACUUUAAGCCCCAAAAGGGAGUCAGAUUCAAUAUUUUACGGUGUUAAAAAGAAGCGUUACCUUUGGAAGCUUCGCCAGCCCGAUUCAGGAGCUACGGAUAAGGAGUUGCAUUCUGGGAAACAAAGUGAUGUAUUCAAGACAUUAUCCCCAGAAAAAAACAAAAAGGACGCCAGCAGCCGGGUAGAAAACUCGGACACAAACCCGCCGCAAACCCACACCGGCAACACGUGGCAACACUCACCCCCCUCCACACAGACUGUGAUGGUGCCCCCCCUGAGCCGAACAGAAGGGCAGCAGAGCGGGGUGCUGCCCACGGAAGGGGUUAACCGGGAGGCUAAAAUGCAGAGGCUGGUUGGGUUGGAGAAAGAGGCUGAGAAGCUCCGCAGCCUUCUAGGUCUGGAAAUCACAAAGACAACUCAAGGAACGAUGACAAAUGAUGACAGCGAUGAAAAAAGUCCAACGCAGACACUGGCGAAACCGACGGGACGCAAAGAGGUCGGCUGUCAGAUGGACAUGGCUGAGUUUCCUUUUGUCCCGUCUCUCUCUCGUCUCCCUUUUCUUUCCUCUCGCUACCAUCCGGUCACAGCAGAUAGCUGCCGCUCCCUGAGCCUGACUCUGCAGUGCUCUACUUCAUCCUCUGGCCUUACUCAGGCUGCAGAACUUCACGGGUUAAAAGCUGUGAGUGAGUCCAACAUCCAGCCUGAACUGAGCAGAGCCAGGAAGGAAAAGACCGACAGCCAGUCGAGGACAAGAGUCAGUGACACUGAGGCCUGUGAAGACAACAGGUCUGUGCAGGAGAAUCUGCAUGAAAUCCGCAACAACGUGGUAGUGCUUCUCACGGCCCUCCUGCCCCAGCUGGACCUGACUGGCAUCAGCCUGGAGACCAAUGAUGUAGACAACAUCCUGCAGCAGAUCAUAGAGGUCAACUCCCUGAAGCUAUGAUCAGUACUAAGUCCAGCAGAAGUCAAUUAUUAUUCGUUGUGUUACACAUACUUACACAAAGUUUGGAUCAAUUAAACCAUUUCCUACUUCAGCAUACAGUAUGUAUAUGGUAAUAAUUCUCUUUCUGUUGAACCGGAGAGUAAUGUCAUUCCCAUGUUUUUCAUAUUCCUGGUGCUGCAUGUGGAUUACGUGUAUAAUAAUGAAUGUUAUAAAACCUGGUAAUAUUUGUGUUCCGUGUGGUAAUCAGUUUGCAGUGUUAAAAUAAAAGACAUGUAUCGAAUUACUUUACCUCAGUGUCUUUCAAAUUACAGUUCAGGUGUAUAAAAAAUUGACCUGCACUGAUUACUAUGUCAAGCUGCGAGUGCCAAGAGUUCUUGUUAAGCAAGAGGCAGGAAAAAUGCUAAAUACUAGUUUGCAAACCGUUUAUAUAAAGAAAACUAAGAGAAAAAAAAGUUUUAACUUAAAUUCUUGUAAUUAACUGUCAGGGUCAAGUCACCAAGUCUGACUACUCGUACUUAUGAAGCUGUCUUGUACAUAUGGCAAACGGUUGUCACAUCAUUUUGAAUACUUGUGCAGUAUAACCUUUAAGAAACGUAAGCAUGUUGGUCAUGAUGUCAGUCAAAAAAUAUGAGUUUUUUGUCUCAGUUCAUCCAUUAAUUUUUUUAACUAUUGCUUUUCAUUGUUCUGCUUCUUUUGUUGUUGUUUUUUAAGUAGCUAUUUAAGUUGCUGUACACACUCGGUUGCUGAUUUCUAAACAGGAUUUGUUAUGUUUGCAUUAAAAUAUUGAAACCGGU